AUGCAAGAGCUUAGUAGGGUGCGGCGCAACAGAAACGAGGACGCGGAGACACUUGAUUUCCAAGUUUCUAUAGCGGUGCGAAUAGCACAACCCACCACAUUAGAAUCAGCCAUAGUAAUAGCGAGACAAGAGGAAGCGAAACUUUCCUUUAAUAAGACAUUCAAUAAUAAUAGUUAUAGUGCACCAUCAACAUCGGCUCAGGCAAAGUUUAGAGAACCAAUACGGGCUAUAAAUCAGCCUCAAAAUUCCCUACCGCUUAGGUUUGGUAACUCAGGCGCCAUGCAAAACCAGACGAGUAAUAAAGCUCCAGUUCUGCGACAAAAUAAUUUGACUCCAGAACAGAGGCAGCAGUGGGUGCAAUCCAUGUUGCCAUGGAAGAACCGCCCAAAUAAUAUACCCCAGCAACAAGCUCCUGCACAGAAGGUUUCAGACGUCACAAUGAGAUCCGUCUCUAAGCCUCAAAAACCACAGUUUGCAGCUGAGGAGCUAUUCUACACAAGCCCACCUGGACAACCAUACGAACAACAAUAUGGCGAGGACGACACGGACUACGUUCAUCAACAAGGUCAGUAUGCAUACUGUAGUGACAACUACAACCAACAGGUAUACGAACCUCCAAUGGACGACGGUGAGGUUCAGCAGGAUUUUUACCAAGGUCCGGUGCCCUCAGACCAAAAAAAACGAAUAAUUUCUAAUAAUGAAAAGAUAUACCUAGAACCAUACCGUGAGAACUCUGAUAGAUCUAGAUGCAGUUUAAAUUCCAUAGAGGUUAACUCGGAUAUAGAGAAAGAAUUACGCAACAACUUAAAUAAAAUACGUACAGACCAUAUGAAUGAAGAGGAGAAACGCGAAAUCACUAAGAUUUGCUAUCAGUAUAGAGACAUCUUCCACUCUGAAAAUAUCCCACUUUCUUUUACGCAUGCAGUUAAACAUCAGUUAAGACUGACCGACCAGACUCCGAUAUUUGUAAGAAGUUACAGACAAGCCCCACAACAACGCAAAGAAAUACAGAAUCAAGUAGACAAUCUUUUAAAACAAGGUAUUAUUCGCGAAAGUAUAUCCCCAUGGUCAUGCCCUGUUCAUAUUGUCCCUAAAAAACCGGACGCACUAGAUGACAUUUUAGACAGACUUGGACGCGCCCAAUAUUUUACGACCUUAGAUCUGGCUAGCGGCUAUCAUCAGGUGGAGAUGCACCCUGGUGACAUAGAGAAAACUGCAUUCACAACAGAGAGAGGACAUUACGAAUUCCUUCGAAUGCCAUUUGGCCUAAAAAAUGCACCCAGUACUUUCCAACGGCUCAUGGACCACAUCCUUAGAGGACUAGUAGGCUACUAUAGAAAGUUCAUAAAAGACUUUGCAAAGCUUACGAAACCAAUGACCUUAUGCCUUAAGAAAAAUAGUAAAGUUAUACACUCCUCCGAAUUUUUGGAGUCCUUCAAUAAUUGCAAACAGAUUUUAACCAAUGCACCUAUCCUACAGUACCCAAACUUUGACGAACCAUUCAUACUGACAACAGACGCAUCGGACGUAGCCCUUGGUGCAGUACUGUCUCAAGGAAAAAUAGGUUCAGACAAACCGGUAGCAUACGCAUCCAGGACACUUUCGGAUAUAGAAGCGAAAUACUCGACAAUAGAAAAGGAGCUCUUAGCCAUCGUCUGGGCAGUGAAAUACUUUCGGCCUUAUCUUUAUGGACGAAAAUUUGUCAUAUAUACCGACCAUAGACCCCUGACAUGGCUAAUGUCACUAAAAGACCCUAAUUCUAAAUUAACUAGGUGGCGGCUUAAACUCGCUGAAUAUGACUACACGGUUGUUUAUAAAAAAGGACGGCAAAACACCAACGCAGACGCUCUAUCCAGAGUCAAAAUUUAUCAUAAGAGCAUCGAUUCACUAGCAGUCAAUUUAGAUGACAAUUUUGACGACGACAUCAUAAACAGAAUUUUCGAAAACGUACGACAAGAGAUAGAUACGGAGACAGAAGGAAUACAACAGCCCGUGGAUAAUAAUGACGACAACAGCAAUAUUAACGAUAAUAACGUGACAGUUAGACCCAAUGUACAACCUCCUCUAACAGACACAGAAUCCGAUAGUAUGAGUAUCGUUACACGCGAUCCCGAUCACUUAGUGUCGACAAACCAUACGCAACCCGACAACGAAAACAACGGCAUACCAAUCCUAUCAGACGCGAUCGACAGACAACUAAAACAAUUCCAUAUCAGAUCAACUCCAGGAUCAACGUACAGAGUAGAAAAUAGGUCUACUAACUCUAGAACAGUAAUUAAAGAUGUAUUUAUUCCAGUCAAUAACACAGAGAAAGAAAUUAUCCAAUUCUUAAAAGAACACACUAUUGCUGAUCGUGUAUUUUACUGCUACUUUUAUAAUGAAGAACUGUACCUAGCAUUCUCCAGAGUUUACACGACGCUAAAUAUGAAAGGAACCCUCUUAGACCUCACUAUAAUAGACAAUUUCUCAAAGUUCGCACAAGCAAUACCGUUGAACGCCACUAGUAGUGUACAUAUAGCUGAAGCUUUAUUUCAGGUGUUCUCAGUUUUAGGAAUUCCUUAUAAAAUUAUAACGGAUUCAGACAGUAAAUUUGACAAAGAAGUUAUAAAGGAGAUGUGCGCUUUACAUGGUAUAGACAUUCAAUUUACGACUCCAUACAAUCCAAAUUCGAAUUCGACUAUAGGAGAGAUUAUCAGAAUCCAACGAAUGACAAACAAAGAUGAUCCCAUACAAUUAAUUAUGAAAUUUUCAGUUAUUGCUUACAAUAACUCAAUCCAUUCGGCAACAGAAUAUACUCCACACGAGUUACUAUUUGGACAUACAGCUUCUAGAAAUCCACUAGAGUUACAUUAUCCUAAGCAGUUUUACCAGGACUAUGUUAUCAAGCACAAAAUGCAUGCAGAAGCCGUCCAGGAAUGUGUGUCAGCGCACAUGGCCAAAAACAAGGAACAGGUAAUAGCGAAGCGAAACCAGGCAGCAGAGGAGAUAACAUUCAAGGUAGGUGAAACAGUUUAUAAGCAGGUUGCCAAAACAGCGAGAAACGAUAAAACUAAACCGGUGUUUAAAGGACCGUAUAAGAUUAUUCAUUUACAUCCUAAUAAUGUAGCAGAAAUAGUAGGGAAUCAUCCUAAUUCUAAGUCUAUUCGGGUACAUUUCAAGCUUCUACGAAGACCCCAUCUUGUUCCAGGACAACCAUCAUCGGAGCCUUCGUGUUCCAGGCAAGAUCCGACGUAA